GAUGUUUAAAGGAGUCCCUCAACCAGCAUUUAGUGAUAUGACAUAGUGAGAACGUAAACUUCUACUGCACAGGCGUCCUCACUCCAAUCAGAGCUAGCGUCAGAGCAUGCGCAGACGCGAUUGAAUUUCUUACGUUCGUUGUCUGACUCCUGUUUAGGGAUUCUUCAUAAUACCCUAAUCGUAAGCUACACCUGGAGUUCUUGUACUUACAGUCGAUAAACGACACCCCGACAGCCAGAUAAUUCGACUUGGUUCUAACUUUCCUAGAAUGUCCACAGCUGAGUCAGGACAGUAGCUCCGAGCAGCAAGUGCGCGGUAGAGUCUCCAGCCAUUCAUCCCAGAACAUCAAGUUCUACUGUCCCUGUUCGCUGCUACACCCAUCAAACCUACCCGAUCUGAGUUCUUCCGUCCGCAAGGAACUAUUUUCCUAAGAGGAUGAGUUUGGAGCCGCAGCGAAACUCUCUUCUCCCCGCGGCGGAAAAAGUGACGCAGUGGCUGUACCAAGGGACCACUCCACCGCCACGCCCGCGACAGUGUGCCAGUCCUACUCGCGCUCCGUCGGGGUGGAGUCUGUCUCUGUCCGUGUCGCGAGCCAAGCGUGCCCUGGAGGAGGAGGGGCGGAGCCAAGCCGCCAAGGCCGCGAAGACCGAUGCAGCGCAAGAUCCGAAAGUGAAGUCUGAACCCGAGAAAGCUGUGGAGGUGCCACAACCUCAUGCGGACGCUACCGCUCCCCCAGCUCAGCAUGCGGCAACUCAGACAUCGACCAUUGUCUUGAAGAAAGAAACUGAAGACCGACUUACACGCAUGGAGCAGCAGAUCGCUUCGCUGAGGAAGGCCAACGUGCAGUUGCUGAAGCGUCUAGCCGAACAGGAAGAAACCCACUCCAAGUUCAAAGCAGAUAUAUGCGUGGAACCAGCUAGUUUUACUCCGGCGCGGGGUGUGCAGUUUCCAGUUUCCGGCUUCAAUAAAGAGGCCGAAGUUUACCGAUUGAGAACAAUCGCCCUCGAGCAGCAGAUCACUUCCCUCAGGAAGGCCAAUGUUCAACUUCUCACGCGGUUGAAAGAUUGCGAUGCUGUACAAGAAAAGGUGGAGGAAAACAAAAAGUUGAAGGAAUCUAACUACGCUUUGUCUCAGCAACUGGGAGCAUUGCAAACUGAGAUCGCUUCCCUGAGAAAGGCAAAUGAGCAAUUUCGCAUGCGAUUGGAGGAUUGUGAUGCUGCACCAGGAAGGGUGGAGGACAAGUUGAAGGAAUCGAACGUGGUUUUGUCUCAACAGUCGGAGAAAUCGAAAACUGAGGUGGAUGAGCUCGAUAGGUUGAAGGAGUCUAACUUCACUUUGGCUCAACAAUUAGAGAAAUCGAAAAGUGACCUGGAAGAGAUCAACAAGUUGAAGCAAUGGAACCUCUGUUUGUCUCAAGAAGUAGAGAAAUCGAGAACUGAGAUCGCUUCGCUGAAAUAUGCCAACAUGCAACUCCAUACACGACUAAAGGAUCAAGAUGGACUUCAAGGAAAGUUGGAGGAUAACAAGAGGCUGAAGGAAUUGAACUUCGUUUUGUCUCAACAACUUGAGAAGUCGAGAACUGAGACUGAACUUGCCGUCCAACAGUGGUGCGAUGAAGCAUCCAAGCUAAAGGCUAAAGUGGAUAACCAGAGGAAAAAUCUGCAGGGUUUGGAGGCCAAACUGUUAAAGGCGAACCUUCAACCCGAUCCAGCGGCACCCGCUCCCAAAGGAAAAGAAUGUUCAUCCUCUGAGUGUCGAAAUAAGAGGCAGGAGCUGGAGGCGCUGGUGGUCAGACAGCGGACUCGCUUGAGGAACCAGUCCGCUCACCUCUCGCAGUUGGCGGCUGCUUUGGCCAGGCAGAAGCAGAAGUCUCCGCAUCCAGGACAGUUCAUCAAACAGGAAUUCAUCAAGCAGGAACCCGGCUGUGACGCGAACACGCAGACCCCUUCAGACUGCAUCAAGACGGAACCCGAAUCCACUGUUGUGUUGCAGCCUCAGCCUGCUGCUGACCUGGGGCCACCUGCUUGCACCCCGAUGAACUGGGGCGGAGAUGCUCACCUUCAAGAAGUGUCAAAGCCGGACCCACGUGACAUGAGCAUCUUACAGCUGGUCACCAAGGCCUUCCCGAUGGGCAACUGCAUCAUCGGCAACUUCAAAGAGCUCGGCCUCAGACUGCCAAGUCUGUGGCCACCCGUCCAAGCGGCCAUCGCCGCCAUGCCGCCCGCGACGAGGACCUGGCUCUUGGGCAGAGUGCACGCGCUCGGACUGCAGCUCCCGACUGGGACCCAGUUUAGCCCUGUGACGAAUAACAAUUCCUAUGCUGUGGUGUCACACUCCUCGGCUCAAGUCAGGCCAAUACCGUGUUCAUCGCAGGAGUCUGUGGUAGCUGCUCACCACCAGUCCAAUGGAGCCGUCCCCGAGACCCCUGUGGCUUCCUUGGUCGAUGCUGGAACCCAGACCAAUGUUGAUGCUUCCUUAGUUGAUGCUGGCUCCCAGACCAAUGUUGAUAUCUCUGAGACCUCAAUUGAUGCUGGCACCCAGACCAAUGUUCAUGCUUUUUCGGUUCAUGCUGUCUCUCAGACCGAUGUCCAUGCUUUUUCGGUUGAUGCUGGGUCUCAGACUAAUGUUGAUGCUUCCUUGGUUCAUGCUGGCACUCAGGCCAAUGUUGAUGCUUUGUCGGUUCAUGCUGGCACUCAGACCAACGUCGAUGCUUCCUCGGUUGAUGCUGUCACCCAAACCAAUGUUGAUAUUUCCUGGGUUGAUGCUGGCUCCCAGACCAAUGUUGGUGCUUCCUCGGUUGAUGCUGGCUCCCAGACCAAUGUUGGUGCUUCCUCGGUUGAUGCUGGCUCCCAGACCAAUGUUGGUGCUUCCUCGGUUGAUGCUGGCUCCCAGACCAAUGUUGGUGCUUUCUCGGUUGAUGCUGGCACUCAGGCCAAUGUUGAUGCUCCCUCGGUUGAUGCUGGCACUCAGACCAAUGUUGAUGUCACUGAGACCUCAGUUGCUUCCUCGCCUGGCACGGCAGCAGCUGAUCGAGAAUGCUCAUUGAAGUUGACACCCCUUGUUACGGAGCCGUCCCAGGAUGAUGGAUCUCCAGACUGUCAGGAUCUGGAUGACGUCAGAGGGCAACUUCCAAUUUCAUCGCCGAUCAAAACGGAAUCGCCGUUUUCGACGCCGAUGAAGAAAAUGAAAUGUCUAUUUGCGACUUCGGUGGAACAAGGGUCUCCAGUUUCGACGCCGGCAAUGCUUCACUUUCCACUUGCAGUGCCGUUGAAGCAGCCAGUUGCUCUGCCGACGACACCAAAGACGCAACUCCCGCUGCCGACCAAGACGGAGACCAUCACUGGAGAAACGCCUUGGGACGUCUCUGACGCCAUCGAGGAAGGCACAGUGUAUGGACCAAGCUUGCCACCCUCAUUCUUGAAACCCCUGCGACCGGAAGAGUCUCCGAAGCGCGAAGAGCCAUCGGUGGUCCAAUUUAAAACCCCGCUGGCCACACCGCUUAAGAUUCCCCCGAAGACGCCGACGAAAACCAUCACUGACAAGGAGUUUAUUGGUGUAUCUGACGUCACCACGAAGUGCACAGAUGAAGCUGUACCGCAACCUAGAGUGUACGGACCACAUUUGCCCCCCUCCCAUCGUGUACCGCCUCAGCCUGAAGAAUCUGCUCCGUGUCGUGAGCGGGUGGUUUUCCAUGCCAAGCAUCCAGUGUCAACGAAGACGCCCAGCAGCAAUGUCCAUGGUGGUGCUGCAGGAAGUACUGACCCGGUGAUGUGGCGUGGACCAGCAGUGUACGGGCCGAAGCUGCCCCCGCCAGCGUCUGCGCUUCCUCCCCCUCCCUUCGCCUUCCCCAUCCACCUCCCGCUGCCGCCCCCUGCUGUGGAACUAGCAGUGGGCCGGACAGCCCAACUCCCAGUGCAGGUGUCCACGGAGAGGCAGACGAGUACGGCUGCAGCCACGAGUGUAGUGUCAGGCGGCACCGCGAGGAAGAGCACAGAUGCCCUGUCCGCCACGGCUGGUCUGAAACUAGCAGUGGGCAUGCCUACCGCAGUGUCACUGUCACUGUCCCCAGCUGGGCGGCCACAGGCAGGAACCGCUUCCUCCACAGCCGCUGCAAGUAGUCUGUCGUUCGCCGCGGCUCGCGCAGUGCCAGCAGUGCCGGCCGCGGUGGGCUACCCCCGCUACUUGUACGAGGGGCUCAGAUUCGACCAGCGUCGUGCGCCUUCGCAGUCAGCCGCGACCGCUGCUGGUGUGGGCGUCGAAGCAGGCUCGCAGUUCGGCCCCAAGCUGCCCCCGCCCGCCUCGGCCCUCCCUGCCCCUCCCUUCGCCUUCCCCCUCCACCUGCCGCCGCCCCCCGCGGCCGUGCCCAUCGACGCCAGCUGCAGGUUCAACCCGCGGAAGCGCCCGGCGCAGGAGGACGACGGCGCCCCCAAGGGGAAGCAGGCACCUAGCUCAAAAAGAAAUCCGAGGAUUUCGUCCGAUAUUGAAGUAUUAAAGAAGAGGAUUGUGCAGCACUUAAAGCUGGAUGGAAAACGGUAAGAGUUGGUUACGCAUCUGCAGUUGCGAUAAUCAGACUUAAUUGCAGCCAGGAGAAAGCACCGCUUUCUCGGAGAGUGCCAAUUUUAUUCCCAGCUUUAAUUUUGGCAUUAAUCUUAUUAUUGGUUUAUUAUAAUAUGAUUGUACUUAUUAUCCAAAGCAUGCAUAUUUAUUUGAUAGAUCUUCAUAGUAUAUUGUGUAAUUUAACUUCUAAACUGAUUGUGAAGUUUCCCCUACAUCUUUCUGUAUUGCGGAAUGCCCCUGAUGAAAGUUUAAACUCACAAGUACUAAUUGUAAAUGAUUUUCUCAAAAUUCCGAUAGAUUUGAAAUUGUUAAUCUGCAACUUGUAUUUUACAUGUUGAUGGUUCAAGUGCUUCAAUUACCCAACAGCAUUAAUUGUUUCAUGUUUAUGCUUGUUUAUGCAUUAUUAUAGAUGUAAAAUAAAGUGUUCCUUAGUUUUGUAAGGAUUACCAAUGUCACCCUGUGCACUCCACGGGACCCAGUUGCUCCGUCAAAGUGUCUUGGUUGUUGUCUAUGUUUGGUACAUUAUCAGACACUUUCGUAAGAAUUCGAAGCAUUUUUUGCCGACUCAUUUUAGGUUGUAUUGUAUUUUGACAACUCGUCACACUUUGACCAGAGCAUUGCUCAAGGCAUCAAUUGUUGGUAAGGAUGCUUCAAGUUUGUACAUGGGUAUUUUUGGUUUCUGUUUUCUUUAUUAAAACUCCUCCCUCUCAAAGUUUGAGGCCGCUG